AUGAAGAGACUCGCCGCUAGCUGCUGCUACUGCUGCUGCUCCUGCAGGAGCUGCAGACGAUGUUGCUACGGCAAGGAGCGCUGGCAGCCCGUGACCGGCUUCCUCGUGGUCGCGUGCGACCUGCUGAGCCGCCUCCUGUCGCUGCCCGACCUGGACGCCAACACGGACUUCUGCCUGCAACAGGUGAUCCUGACCAGCGCGAGUGACGUGCCGAACAAGUGCAGCAAGCGGAGCGAGACAAUUAGUGCCAGGAAUCGGGUCGCGUCGGGCGCCAACCCGCGUGCAGAAGUUCUCCCAGGAGCCGUGAAGCAAGAUCAUGGGAAACCAGUGGUGGCCAGGUACGCCAACGAGGUCAGCAACUACUACGUGGACAUGAACUACCACGGCGUGCUUGGGCGAGCAUGUCAGGUCGGCGCCGAGCUGAAAAUGCAGGUGGACUCGAGUCGGGUCACCCGACGGCUCACACGGGGUGCCCCAUGA